AGCGAUCGUUCCGACAUGAUUGUGCGAGUAUUUAACAUGAAAGUUAAUGAAUUCAUCACUGAUAUUAGGGAGGGAAAAACUUUUGGCCCAGUCCUUGCAGGUAGGGGUCAUGACUAUGGUGUUUUGCAGCUAGAUAGGUGUAUUGUGGACUGUUUCUAACACUUAAAAUCAUUAUGUAGUGUUAUACACAGUGGAGUUCCAAAAACGUGGCCUACCGCACAUUCACUGCCUUGUGUGGCUUGCAGCAAGCACCACUGAUUUCAAUGCUGCUACUGUCGAUGGUUUCAGUUCUGCUGAGAUUCCCGACGUAUUUACUGACCCUUUAGGUUAUGCUUUGGUUGAUGAGUUUAUGAUACAUGGUCCUUGCGGUGAGAAAAAUAAAUCAUGUGUGUGUAUGAAAAACAAUCAGUGCUCUAAACAUUUCCCUAAGUCUUUCCAGGACGAGACAAUUAUGGAUGAGUUUGGCUUCACUGUAUAUAUGCGCCGAAACAAUGGACGAUAUGUUGUUAAAAAUGGAAUUAAACUUGACAAUAGAUGGGUUGUCCCAUACAACAUGAAACUUCUGAAAAAAUACCAAGCCCACAUUAAUGUUGAAUGGUGCAAUAAAUCGAACAUGAUAAAAUAUCUUUUCAAAUAUGUAACGAAGGGAUCUGAUAGAACUAAAGUAUAUUUUGAAACUACUGGUAACACAGCAAACAAGCCAACCGACAGUAAUGCAGCACCACGAAAUGAGAUAGACGAAUACAUCAAUGCUAGAUUUCUAUCCACUUGUGAAUCAAUCUGGCGUACCCUAGAGUUUGAUAUCCAUUAUAGGGUUCCUGCUGUUGAGCGUUUGGCUGUGCACCUUCCAAACAUGAAUUUUGUGCGAUAUCAGAAAGGAACUGACCUCAAAAAAUUACUUGAAAGCCCUGCUGCGAAAAAAACCAUGUUGACAGAAUGGUUUGAAGCUAAUAAAAAACAUUCUAAGGCACGACACCUCACAUACUGUGAUUUCCCGAAAGAAUGGACCUGGGACAACAGCGCACGCUGUUGGCGUCCACGAACACCGGUUGAAAAAAUCGGUAGAAUGUACUAUAUCAACCCAGUUGCUGGAGAACUAUACUACCUACGGAUGUUGCUGAUGAUAGUAAAGGGUGCGACGUGCUUUGCCGAUAUAAGGACCUACGAGGGUGUUGUUUACCCAACUUUUAGACAAGCAUGCGAGGCAAGAGGGCUUCAUGAGAAUGAUAACGAGUGGCACUUGCUCUUUGAUGAGGCUAUUGUGUCUGCGUCCUCCUACCAACUAAGGCAGCUGUUUGUAACCGUGGUAAUGUUUUGUUCUAUUGGAAAUGUGCGAUCUCUUUUCGAUAAAUAUUGGACAUACUUUACAGAUGAUAUACAACACCGCGUUAGAAAAAUGUUGUCAAACCCUUCUUAUGUUAUCCCCCAUGACAGGCUUCUAUCUCUUUUGAUUAAAGAAUUAAAAUCUGUUUUUGCAAAUAGCGGCGGUAAUAUAGACGAUUACGACCUGCCACAGUCAACAGCACGCACAGAUGACGAUUCUGGGAAUAGGAUGGUCAAUGAAGAGUUAGCUCUUGAUAGUGUUGCUCUUGCUGCCCAUGCUGAUUCCAUCAUACCGAAACUAAACUCGGACCAAAAAAGGGUAUUUGACACAAUAAUGUGCCGUGUUAAUGAAUCGAAACCUGGUUUUUUCUUCGUUUAUGGUCAUGGUGGAACUGGUAAAACAUUUUUAUGGAAUGCACUGAUUUCUAAAGUAAGGUCCGAGAAAAAAAUUGUCCUCGCAGUUGCUUCAUCUGGGGUUGCUUCUCUCCUCUUGCCAAGAGGACGCACUGCCCAUUCUAGGUUUAAAAUCCCGAUUGAUAUAAACGAAAAUAGUUUAUGCACUAUCAAAAGAGGGACCAUGCUUGCUGAACUUAUUCAAAAAACAUCACUAAUCAUAUGGGAUGAAGCUCCAAUGACUCAUAGGCGGUGCUUUGAGGCUCUAGAUCGAACUUUACGAGACUUGCUUUCCGAACAUGCUCCUUCCAACGGUUUGGUGCCCUUUGGUGGAAAGGUUGUUGUCCUAGGUGGCGAUUUUAGGCAGAUAUUACCAGUUGUAAGGAAAGGCUCCCGUGCUUCUAUAAUCGAUGCAUCUAUAACGAAUUCUCCGCUUUGGAGUCAUGCUGUUCUUCUAAAACUUACUGUCAACAUGAGGCUCCUACAGUGUAAUCUUGGUGAACAGCAGCAGCAGGAGCUAGAAAAGUUUGCUCAGUGGGUCUUGGCGCUUGGUGAUGGCAAGUUGCCUGUGUCAAAAAGGAACGAUGAAUCUGAAGCAACCUGGAUUGACAUCCCUGAUGAUUUGUUGAUAAAAACAACUGGUGAUAAAAUACAUUCUAUAGUAAACGAAGUAUUCCCAGGUUUUGCAUCUAAGUAUACAGACCGUUCUUACCUAGCAUCGCGUGCUAUUGUAUGCCCGAAUAACUCAACUGUUGACGACAUAAAUGACCGAAUGGUUGAUAUGGUACCUGGUGAGGUGAAGGAAUACCUUAGUUGCGACACUAUUUCGAAAUCGUCUGAGCACAUACCAGAUUUUGAUCUUCUGUACCCAACCGAAUUCUUAAAUUCAAUUAGCGCCAACAAUUUCCUAGCACAUAAACUUGCGCUAAAAAAGGGUGUCACAGUGAUGUUGCUACGAAACCUAAAUCAAUCAAUGGGUUUAUGCAAUGGAACCAGGUUGUUAGCCCUUUCUCUUGGGCAACGACUCUUAGAAUGUCAGAUCUUGACUGGAACAAACAUUGGAGAUAGGGUGUUCAUACCAAGAAUAGCGCUUACAACUACGAGCCCUAAAUGGCCUUUCACUCUUCAGAGGAGGCAAUUCCCUGUGCGUGUAUGCUAUGCAAUGACAAUCAACAAAAGCCAGGGCCAAACCCUUAAAAGGGUUGGCGUAUACCUUAAAAAAGCUGUCUUCACGCAUGGACAGUUGUAUGUUGCGGUGUCUAGAUCGACUUCAAGAGACGGCCUUAGGAUUCUUAUUGAGGGUGAUGAUGAGGCAUGUAGUUCCAAGACUAGAAAUGUGGUGUACCAUGAGGUGCUGCAAACAGUGGAUCUGAUGGUACAUCAUGUAUUGCCCGAUCUUAUAGCUGUUACCCAUGAAUAUCUUAAGUUCCAACAAUCUAACACGCUGCUACGAUUCUGUUCCGUAGGAUGCUGAUACCUAGCUGAAACUCGAGACUCCGAUGCUUGCUGUUGUUUGAUGUUCUGCCUGAUUGUUUUCUUCAUUUCUUCGUAUCUUAUUCACUGUGCCGCUAUUGUUUUCAUUUUGGGUCACGUUUUUU